AUGACUUCUCAUAUGACAUCAACUGGAGAACCAGUGCCUAAAGUUAGAAAGUCUACACAGUUGGUAAUCGAGGGAGCGGAGAACAUGCCAGGAACAAAAACCACGCUAGCUCCUCCGUCGUUUGCUUCAAAAUCAAAAGGUGUAUUUACUGUUGAUCUGAAACAACUCAACCACUGCCCGGAUAAAUACAGAGUGCGACGGAUAAGACAAGAAUGGGUAAAAGACAUCAAAUCUUCGAUGGUCAUAGACGGGUCCAUGAUACUACCCACUAUUCUUCCAGUGAUUUUACCCAACAAUGACUUCAAUGAAGCACAUAUAAUGAAUUACCAGUUUUAUGUGGUUGGUGGAAAUCAUAUGCUAGUUGCUCUUCGAGAACUUCAGGAAGAAACAGGAAUACAGAGAAAUGUUAAAGUGGAAGUAUUUGUAGGAGUCACUGACGACGAAAUCAGAUCAAUCGCCAACACACACAAUUCAAAACUGAAAACGCUUCCUGUCACAUUCCAGGAUAAGGUAUACCAGGCAAGGAAACUUACAGAAGUUGUAGAUGAAAGUAAACUGAGCCAAGCUGUGAGUAAAAUGCUCACUGAAGUUACACUUCAGGUGAAGUAUAAAAGGAUCCAUGCUGAGGUGUCACCAGAAACGUGUACAACAAUUGUGUCCAUUGCAAAGUACUCGGCAGAAGAGUAUGCUUUGGUUGAAGAGAUAUUCCAGAAUUAUGAGAGAACAGCAGGAGCAGGGAAAAGUAUUCCUGUUAAGGCAAAUGAUCCUGUUUCCAAUGGCAACAGAAAGGAAAAAUAUCUUGCUGUCCAGAACCACAAGGCGUAG